AUGUCUACCACGCAGACUCCUCUAACAACACGGCGUGCCUCAGCUGUUCUACCUCUUGAUACGGCUCAGCUGUCUCGACCACUAACACGAGACUCAAACACAACCCCAAUUCAGAACGAUGAUGAGCAAGCAGUUCGUCCCCGCAGCCGUCGCGUGACCAGCUAUCAUCAUCCUUUCCAGACUCGUGCUUCACCAUGCAACGACCCUGCCCCGUCAUAUGCGACGGCUACUCGCCUUCCGAAGUUUCCGCCCGCGCCUCGAUUCUUUGACAAUGGAAGGGAAGUUCUGCCGAAAUACACUUGCUCUGUGUCAAGGGAAGGUCCGAUGCAAAUGCGCAUCGAGAAAAUCUCGCCCUUCCAAUAUCUUCAGAAGCAGGACUUCCGUACUGUCUACGUGGUGCUGAAUGGCACUCAAUUGAGUGUCCACAAAAUCAAGACCAUUCAGCUCGCUGGUCACUCUAUGCCUACUGCAGGAAGACUGAUCAAGCGAUACACUCUUCAGCAUGCCGAGAUUGGCCUGGCCACUGAUGUUCAGUACAGCCAGCUGCUUCCGGCCACGCGCUUAGCUCACUUCAUUCCUACUGCUGCUCGCCGCAAGGCAUACGAGAAGGAUCCUGACCUCUUCACACCUAUCUCUCAGGUCGUACUCCGUCUGCGACUUGAGACUGAUCAGUUCCUCUUGGCAGACCACUCUGAAGAACGAAUCUUCCGAUGGAUCCAUGAUCUAUCUGCCAGCAUUGAUAUUUCUUUGCCACUUGACGAGCGUUCUGCACCAAAGCCAUGCACUAUCCCUAGGCGCCGACGCAGACAGCGAGUCCAGGAGACUGAAAACAUCAACGACCAGAGCGUCAUUGCAGAGCAGGAGCAGAUCAUGCGCGAGAUGUACCCAUCCCUCGCACGAUCAAUCGAACGAGGCUUGGAAGGUGCGGAACUCGUGCGUACGGAAUCUGCGGACGACACCAACGCCCUGACACUCACUGCCACAUUCGAGCAAGAGGCCGAGGACAUUGAUUUGUCGUUCCUCGCUGAAGAUCUUAGCCAGGAGCAACAACCGUCAGUUCGCCCAGCUAACCUUCGUCAAACAACCUCUUCCACAGUUUCCACGACAACGUCUUCGUUCCAGUACGAGACCAACCCUGACAACUUGGGCCCUGGUGGGAAGUGGACACCUCCGCAUGCCCGAACAAAUGCAUCACAGUGGCGAUACAUCAAGCGAUGCAUGCCCACACUGCUAUUCGAUGCUCCCCGCGCUAACGAUAUCAUUAUGUGUCAUGGUCGUCGCUUGAGACUCAACACCAAGAUGGACAUGCUCGAGGAAUGGGAAUUGGCGCCUCCUUCUUAUGAUAUCCAUGACUUCCCCAAAGGUCUGGAUCGUUCUAUUACUAUGGCUUCUUCUCUCGCAACCACUUCCUCUACCAUUUCAGCAUCAAGCAUCGACACUCAGGAUGGAAAGGCUGCAGCUCUUGCCCACCACAUUCCUCAAGGCGACUUGAAGAGAUUCUCGCAUAUCGCGAUGCCCACUCGUAACAAGAUCCCUGAGCGUACCUUGAUGGAAGAAGGCAUCGUUGUGGUUGCUUUCUAA